AUGGCUUCAACGGAGUCAUUCUACCUGCCAGAGCAGGAAAUUUUUUGUAAUGAUGGGAGAGAGGAAGAUCUUCUUCAGUUCAUCCUAUCGCACCCGAAGCUCUCGGAGCUGCGAGACUCUCCAUCCGCAGUUUUGGAUGCAAUAGAUGAGUACGGUCGAAAAAGAAACUUUCUUAUGAACGUCGGCCAGUAUAAAGGGGCCAUCAUUACCGAGAUAAUUUCGCGUAACAAGCCAAAUACCAUGCUCGAAAUUGGUGGUUAUGUGGGGUAUUCUGCCAUACUCUUUGGUGACGCCCUUCGUCGCGCCGGAGGUCAAAAGUAUGUUAGUCUGGAAAUGAGUCCAAAGUUUGCCUCCGUGGCGAGAGAACUUGUUGCUGUUGCUGGAUUAGAUGGAUUUGUGGAAUUCCUGGAAGGUCCCUGCAGGCAGUCACUUAAGAAGCUUCAGGACAAGCCCUGGGAUAUUAUCUUUUUGGAUCAUGCGAAAGCAGAUUAUCUUCCAGAUUUGAAGCUCUGUGAAGCUCUAAAGCUUAUCGCUCCAGGUACCACAGUUAUUGCAGAUGAUAUGAAACAACCUGGAAAUCCACAGUACUCAGAAUACGUCAGGUCUCCUCCCAAGGCCAAACGUGUGAUAUAUAAUUUAUAUCGAGACGGAGGUAUUGCAGACGAUCCUCCAUUAGGAAACCCUACACUGAGAGAUGUCAAGGCUUACAAGACAAAGGAUGCCAUUGAAAUAUCUAGAUGUGUGGAUGGCGAGCUGAAGUAA